AUGAAUCGCCAUACUCAUCGUCUGGCCCUCUCCACCGCUCUUCUACUGAUAUCAGCGUCCAAUACCGGCGCCACGGACGAGUCACCCAGUCCGCCUUCGCCGUCCUUGGGCUCGCCCAGCCAAAUUGGCAACCAACGCUCGCGACAAAACAUUGCUGUCCCAUAUCUCAAUGAUCAUAGUGAUGACUCGGAUUUCGGCUUAGAAUAUGAUUAUCAAAGACGAGCACACCAUCACGGUAACACCAAAAGAGACCUUGUUAUUGAUCUGAUCAAGCUCCGACGACAUGAAGACUCAAAUACAGACCAUCCACCUGCCGACCCGGCCAUUAUUUGGAACGCCAUGGUUUACCAGAGCCAAGCAAAACUUCGCGGAAAUGAUAUCGAUUCACACGGACCUGACUUGACCUAUGUCGAUGAUCGGCCUAUUGAGUUUUCCAUUGGCCUUUCUACGCAGCUGGCAGCUGAGACCGAUGAGAAGGUGUCACAAGCCGAGGCCUGGACGGGACCCGUCAUAAUUAUCGAAACCUUGGUCGAGGCCGAUAUCGAUCAGGAUAGGCUAUCUAGAAUGAAGAGACUCCCGGAAACAGUGACUUCGUCUUGUCUUGAUCUGCUGAAUCCAAAGCACGUCUCCCCACGACAUCUCGUGGUCGCCUUUGACAUGGUCUGGUAUCCUCUCAAACCCGGAAUAGACGUCUAUGUGCAGCUUGAUGGAUCGACGCAUGCUGCAGUCGUGAUGGCAGUCAGACGCACUGAUGUCUCUUGGUCCGAGAUAUGGGGGACUUGGGGUGACGGGUCCUGGCAGGUCGACCUCUGGAGGCUCGAAACGGAUGGCUCCAGACUGUAUCGAAAUUUCAUUUCCGGACCCAUCAAGGAAACCGCCCAAUAUUAUACGGGAAAGGUGGUUAUCGAUCAUGGAAGAGGGCGUGCAGAAUCUGAGUUCAAUCGGGGCCUUUCUCAACAAGUCAGAGACUACUCAGACCUGUUCAGGGGCUACGACGGGAUUCUUCUCAACAACGAUAGGUCAUUCUACACUGCCCAAAACAGUCGAGACCGUCGCCAAAACCAUCAACUCAGACCACCGAGUAUUAACAAUGCCAGAAUCAACGGGGAGGGGUCGCCAGAAUCCGCGUCUAACUUACCUCGGCAUGAUUCCCCUGACGUGAUUUGUAUGGGGGCCAAUCCUACCGUCGUUCAACAACUAACGGAGCACCAACUCCUCCUGUUAUGCCCAGACGUUUUGGCGUAUGGGCUGAGACGCAAGCACUGGAUGCUGAUCUCCCUAGACUACGUUCAAGAGCCCAUACCAUCGGAGGAGAGUAUUUCAAAUCUAAUCAUCGCCCAAGAUGAGUUGAAAACCAUUCAGGCUCUCUCUAAUUGCCAGAAUAGUCAGACAAGGCACUGGUCAGCGGAUUUCAUUGAAGGGAAGGGAUCGGGGCAGAUCAUACUGCUACAAGGUCCUCCAGGAGUGGGCAAGACUUACACAGUCGAGGCUAUCUCUGAAUGGCUGCGUCGGCCACUCCUUGCUCUCACAGUAGCUGAUAUCGGUACGGUCGAGACACUCGUUGAAGGCGAGCUUAUGAAAUGGUUUGAUCUUGCGGAAGCCUGGAACGCAGUGCUUCUUGUUGAUGAAGCCGAUAUCUUCCUCGAACGGAGGCAGAAUCGAGACCUUGCUCGAAACGGGCUGGUAUCAGCCUUCCUUCGAAGAAUGGAAUACUUUAAGGGUUUGCUGUUUCUGACUACCAAUCGCGUUGGACAAAUAGUCGACGCCUUCGUCUCACGCGUACACAUCGCAAUCGGGUACCAGGCCCUUGAUGAAGAAACUCGGCGGAAGGUCUGGAGUGGCUUUUUUCGCAAGCUGGUGCGCGAACGCGCUGGCAAGGUACAGAUCGCACCAGACGCAAAGAAAUGGGUUCUUGACACUGCCAGUGAGACGAACCUCAACGGAAGAGACAUCCGCAAUGCAUUGCAGACGGCCAUCACGCUGGCAGAGUUUGAAAGCGAAGAGGACCCGGACUAUGAUGCUUCAUUGGUGACGGUUGUCACUAAGGCCCAUUUCCAGAAGGUUUUGGAGAUGUGCAAUCGGUUCCGCAGUUAUGUUACAAGUAUACGGAGGGAAGACGAGAUGAAGCGUGCCCAGGGGCGUGGAGAUCGGAAUGAUUAUGGGGAUGAGUUUGAUAGUAGGAUGUGCUAA